UUAAGAAUCAGUCGUCGUCGAGCUUUCAAACCGUUUGCAGCGAGCGUCAGAGCAGCACCGCCAGGGAUUCCAGUCCAGUCCAGUCGAGCCAGAAACUCCAGCCACACAGCCAAGAAGCAGCAGCAACCAGAGUUACCAGCCAACGAGAGAGGGAGAGACAGAGACAGAGACAGAGAGGCCGAGGCAGAGGGGAAAAAGAGCCAAAAUCCGACGAUUGACGAAAAGGGUCGACAAGCAAACGCGGAAAAAGCCAAAAACGAAAAGAAUCCAGACAACAACCAAAGAAAAUAUAUAUGAGCAAAAAAAAACGAAUUUUCAUGUUUAAAACGCAAAACCAAAAAUAUCGAUAAACCAUUUUAAGUAAAACCAAAGAGACAAAAACCAAAAUUAAAGUAAAUUGCUACCAGUAAACGCUAGUCCAAAUUUUCACUAUAUAUAUAUACAUAUAUAUAUAUAUAUACGUAUACUAUAUAUUAAACUAAUAAUACUUAAAAAAAACACGCCAAUUGCCGCAAAACUUAAUCCAAGUCGAAAAAGAAAAACUAAAGAAAUUUUCAUUUAACAACCGCAAAAUACCAAACACAGCUUCAAAGUGUGCACAAAACCAAAGAAAAAAGCUAAUAUCAAAAACCAAAGAAAGACACCAAACCAAAACCAAAACCAAAACCAAGACAAAUUAUUAUUAAACAAAACCGAAAAACAAUUAAGCAAACAAAGUCGAAGCAAAAAAAAAAACCAAAGGCAAAGAAAACUGCGCCGAAGUCACGGCCAGCAAACAAAAAGUACAAUAAGCAAACACAAAAGACAAACAGCAGCAGCUACGCGGCGGUCGUCGUUGUGAAGUGAAGCGUCACCACUGGCCACGCCCACUCCCCGCUCAGCCGCCCUCCCCGUUUUAGCAGUCUUUUUCCUUUUGGCAGCGCAUCAUUUCAAAGAAAUCUUGCGUGUGCCGAAUAAAAAAAACUAAACAGUCAGUGCCGGUGAAAGACUUUCAGGAGUAGUGUCUCUCUUUUUUUUCGAGUGUACGAAAGAGUUUUUUUGUUUUGUGGCCGAAACCGAAGGCAACGGCAACAGCAACAGCAAAAGCAACAACAACGGCUACACCAACUGGGAUGGGAGAUCAGCCAAAGGCAGCGACAAGUGCAACCGAAGCAGUAGGCUCCGCCACUGAAGGCGUCGCCGUGAUGGCCGCCACCCAGGACCUGCUGCCCAACGGGGCAGGCAACGGCAACGGCAAUGGCAACGGAGGCAAUGGUAACGGUAAUCCGCCACCGCCGCUUCAGGAUCAGGAGCGCGGCCAGGCGGAACAGGCGGAGGCCGGGGACGCCGGCGACGACGCCGCCACCGAUGCCGGGGCUAGUUCGCUGCCCCCCUCGGAGAUCGGCGGUCGGGCGCCACUGGACACGGCCUGCUCGGACGCGGACGGCGGUGCCGCCUCCAGCCUGGCCGGCGGCAUUGUCGGUCCGCCCAGUCCGCUCACCGGCUGCUAUCUGCUUAUCGUCCUGGGCGAGCCGCACUCUGAGGAGCACAAGGACAACAUCUUGCAGCAUCUGCUCAAGGGUUUCCUCUCCUGGGACGUUUCGGACUGUCACGUUGACUUGGAAGAGGAGCUCAAUACAAUUACACAGCAUGCGCCCGAGGGCGAGGAGGCUCGUCAUGGCGAACGACUUAUCCAGUACGCCAGCGAGAACCUGGUGACGGAGGUGCUCAUCCACCCGCAGUACAACACGCUGAUCCAGUGCAUGCGCAACUUGCUCAGCAGCUUCACUCGCCAUCGGCACAUCAUCCACGCCGGCUACACCUUCAGCGGCAAUGGUUCCUGGAUACUACAGGACGGAACCUUCUCUGUGGCGGACUUCUCUGAGGCCUUCCAGGAGCACGACGUACAAAGGGUGAUCCGCGCCUACGCGGACACCAUCACCAUGAACAUCCACUGCGCGGACGCGGGUCUGUGGCACACUCUGCCCGAGAAGGCCUUCGCGCGCCAGUGCCGCAUCCGGAUAAACCCCGUCGAUGUCCUGGACACGAGCAGCGAGUGCAUCAACGAGUUCAUUGGUUAUCUGGCGCCCAUGGUGAUGCCUACCUCGCUGAGGGAGCUGCUUGAGACCUCGGACGUGGUGGGAAACAUCCGCUUCACGCACCCCACCCUCUACGUUUUCCCCGGCGGUCAGGGUGACGCAGCGCUCUUUGGCAUCAACGGCUUCAACAUGCUGGUCGAUGGCGGCUUUAACCGGAAGGCGUGCUUCUGGGACUUUGCUCGGCAUCUGGACCGAUUGGACGCGGUGCUGAUGACGCGGCUAAACAACAGCAACGUGCAAGGCUUGGGAGCGGUGGUGUCGCGCAAGCGGGACUCGCAUGUCUAUCCCCAGAUUGGGCACUUCUUCGGCAACGUACCUGACCGCAAGGGCCUGCCCAGCCCGGACGGCGACAAGGACCGCGACCCGCUGCUGAUCGAUCUCUUCGAGCGCGGACACGGCAUCGUCAGCGACCUGAAGGCACUGGACCUGAAGCCGCAGGGCUGCUACCGCAACCAGGAGCCGGUUAACCUCUACCACAAGGUGGGCCACGGCACUCUGGACAUGUAUGUGAUAAGCCCGGCCCGCGAUUCGAAGGAGGUGAAGGAGUUCCUCCAGAAGUGGCAUGCCGGCGACCAGCGGCUUUUCGCCGCCCGCGAGUCGCGUGACUUCAACUUUCCGCUGCAGAACUUGGUCUCCAUCUGCGCCCUUCUCGUGUGGCAGCCGGCCAACCCGGACGACACCAUCACCCGCAUUCUGUUCCCGGGAAGCACACCCGAUUUUAAAAUCCAGGAGGGUCUCGAGAAGCUCAAGCACCUGGAGUUCAUGAAGCACUCCACGUGCACGGCCAAGUCGAUUGCCCCCGCCAUCCAGACCGUGGCUGGAGCGCGCAAGAGCUUGAAGUCGGCCAUCGAGGCCACGCCCGCUCCGCCCAGCGCUACCUACAAGUCAACGAAGUUCGGUCCCGCAGCCAGUGCCGCUUUGGCCGUCCAGCAUCCGCAUCCGCAGCAGCAGGACAACAAGGCGAAGGAGGCGGCGGCGGCGGCAGCGGCAGCGGCUGCAGCUGCGGCUGUGUCGGCCGCUGUGAUUGUCCGAACCAAGGCCGAUUCAAUGGACACAGACGUCGAGCCGGAGCCGGAGCCCGAAGCUGAGCCGGCUGACACUGGGGACGAGGCAGCGCCCGCCGAGCAGGAACCGGAAGCGGAGACGGAACCAGAGCCCGAACACGACCACGAACACGAGGCCGAGCAGGACAACAAGACGGCCGGCGAGGAAAACAAGGUCGAGGUGUUGAUUAUGAAGCCCCAGCAGGCGGCAACACCUGCAGCGGUGGCAGCCUCUGGCAAGGAUGCCCUGGACGCUGCCCAUGUCGAUGCUGCCACGCCCGCCGGCGGCAAGCCGGCCAAGGCGUCGACCAAGAGCGGAAAGGCGGAGAAGCCGCGGGCCGAGGUGAAGCCUGUGGUGCGGUCCCGCAUCGACACUAAGCCGCCCAAGUCCAUGGACCGCAAGCUGGCCAAGCGGGACGAGAAGAAGAGCUCGCCCACGGCCACGCCGGCGGCCCGAGCUCCGGUGGUGCGCGAUGUCAAGCCGAAGGUGCUGAGCCGCCCGGCCAACAAGUGCAGUCCGAGCAGCACGCCCGCCAAGAGCGCCAAGGAGGCCAACAACCGCAAGGUGCUGGAGUCCAAGCAGCAGGCGGCCAGAGUGCAGGCCACCAGCACGACCUCGCGACGGGUCGUUUCAUCCUCGGUCAGUGAGAGGCGUGUCCAGCAGCAGCAGCAGCAGGCGGAAGCGAAAGCGGCAGCCACCGGGGCGACGCAGGCGGUCCAAAGGAAGCCCAUCUCGAGGAGGCCACGUGGUGUUUCGCCGUCGAAGCGGGCACCAGCACCCGGCAGUCCGGUGAAGCAGGCGAAGCCGAAGGCGGCGGACCUGAAGAAGGCACGCCUGGACAAAGGCGGUACCACCGAUUCCAGUCUGGUGUCCACCCCAUCGGCAGACGAGGCCACGGCUGCCAAGAAGCUGCAGGACCUGACCGCCUCACAGGAACUGGACGCCGAGAAGCAGCGCGAGCUGGACGACCUGAAGGAGGAGCAGGAGGUGGUGCGCGAGAUCGAGGCGGUGUUCAGUCGAGACGAGAUGAAGCGCCAGCAGCACCAUCAGAUCAAGGCCGAGCUGCGCGAAAUGCCCGCCGAGGGAACUGGAGAGGGCGAUGGCGAGGACGAUAACGAGGAGGAGGAGGAGUACCUGAUUAUCGAGAAGGAGGAGGUGGAGCAGUACACCGAGGACUCGAUCGUGGAGCAGGAGAGCAGCAUGACCAAGGAGGAGGAGAUCCAGAAGCACCAGCGCGACUCUCAGGAGUCGGAGAAGAAGCGCAAGAAGAGCGCCGAGGAGGAGAUCGAGGCGGCGAUCGCCAAGGUGGAGGCCGCCGAACGCAAGGCGCGACUUGAGGGCGCCGCCGCUGGCUCUGCUUUUGCCACUGCCGCCCGGCAGGACGAACAGGGUGCCGAAGAGACUGGUGAGGCUGAUCUGGAGCAGAGCGACAUCAAGGCCGAGGUGCAGGAGAUCAUUGCCACGGCCAAGGACAUUGCCAAGUCGCGCACCGAGGAGCAGCUGGCCAAGCCCGCCGAGGAGGAGUUCUCCUCGCCGACACCCGAAGAGAAGCUGAGCAAGAAGACGUCGGACACGAAGGACGAACCAGUCGGAGUGCCGAUCGAUGUCCUGCCCGUUAAUCUGCAGGAGAGCCUGCCCGAGGAGAAGUUCUCGGCCACCAUCGAGUCGGGGGCCACCACUGCGCCCACACUGCCCGAGGACGAGCGGAUUCCGCUGGACCAGAUCAAGGAGGACUUGGUGAUCGAGGAGAAGUACGUCAAGGAGGAGACCAAGGAGAUGGAGGCCAUCCUAGUGGCAACCGUGCAGGCUCUUCCCGAGGCAGCUCCGUCCGCCAUCAAGGCUGUCCUGGCCGCAACCACCAAGGGUUCGCCGAAGGAUGCCGGUAAGGUGGAGAUUGCGGGCGAGCUGCCCGAUUCAGGCGAACGAGUGCUGCCCAUGAAAAUGACCUUUGAGGCGCAGCAGAACCUUCUGCGCGAUGUUAUCAAGACGCCCGACGAAGUGGCCGAUCUGCCCGUUCACGAGGAAGCCGAUCUCGGUCUUUACGAGAAGGACAGCCAGGACGUAGCCGGUACCAAAAGCAUCUCGCACAAGGAAGAGUCCGCCAAGGAGGAGAAGGAGAACGACGACGACGAGAAGGAGAGCAAGGAGGCGGAGAUCGAACCCGAAACUGAACCUGAACCUGAAAGGGAGGAACCAGUCGUGGAGGAGGCUGCCAAGCAGGUAUUGACCACUGAGGUUUCUGUCGAUAAAAAAACAGAGCAGUUGGCCACCCUCGAGGCCGAGAAGGUUGUGGAAAUCACUACAACACCGGCAGCCCAAGAGAAGCAGAUAGAACAAGAAGAACAGAAAACAGAAGAGCCAGAGAAAGAGAAAGCUCUGGAGCCGGAACAAAGUGAGGAGGCAGGGUUUAUCACCGAAAAGGAGGCUAAAAAGUCGGCUAGCACACCCGAAGAGAAGGAGACUAGCGACAUUACGUCCGAGGAUGAACUGCCGGCCCAGCUGGCUGAACCAACCGCCACCAUUCCCUCGAAGGAAGCCAAGGAACGGGAGGACACUGUGUCCAUGGAGAGUCCUGCCACCAUUGAGGAGGCCAUCGAGGUCGAGGUGCAGGCGAAGCAGGAAGCGCCAAAGCAGGAUUCAAAAUUAGAGCUGGAUUCCUCGAAGGAGCCAUCCCUGCCUGAGAAAUCUCCACCCGCCUCCAAGGAAGUGUCUCGGCCGCAAUCGGUCACGGAGAUCGCCAAAGAGGAAGCUGCGCAGCUCGAUAGUCGACGAGAGUCGGUGGCAGAGAGCGUAAAACCAGAUGAAAUCUCCGCCCAGGCUUCCAAAGAAGCUUCUCGGCCGGGCUCAGUGGCGGAUAGCGUCAAAACGGAAGCCGAUAAGUCCAAAGAACCAUCGCGACGCGAAUCCGUGGCCGAAAGCGUUAAAACGGAAGCCGAUAAGUCCAAAGAACCAUCGCGACGUGAAUCAGUGGCCGAAAGCGUUAAAACGGAAGCCGAUAAGUCCAAAGAACCAUCGCGACGCGAAUCCGUGGCCGAAAGCGUUAAAGCGGAAGCCGAUAAGGACGAAAGGUCUGCACCGGCCUCUAAAGAGGCCUCAAGGCCCGAGUCCGUUCUUGAAGGGGCCGAAAGCCGUCGGGAAAGCAUAAAACCAGAAAGUGCAAAAGACGAAAAGUCUCCGCCUGCCUCGGCGGAAGCGUCCAGACCAGAAUCUGUGGCGCAAGCUAUUAAGGACGAGGAAGCUAAGUCGAAGGAGCCGUCCCGUCGUGAAUCUAUCGUAGAAAGCGUCCAGGCCGAGAGCGCCAAGGACGACAAGUCUCCGCUUGCCUCCAAAGAAGUGUCCCGACCCGAGUCGGUUGCUGAAAGCAUCAAGGAUCAGACUGAGGUGAAGGACAGCCGCCGGGAGUCGGUGGCUGAGAGUGCUAAGGCGAAGAGCGCAAAGGACGAGACAUCAGCCCAAGCCUCAAAGGAAGCAUCCAGGCCAGAAUCCGUUGCAGAAAGCGUCAAGGAUGAAGCUGAAAAAUCGAAGGAACCAUCGCGGCGAGAAUCGGUAGCUGAAACGAAGGAAGUAUCAAGACCCGGGUCAGUUGUUGAGAGUGUCAAAGACGACGCCGAGAAGCCGGAAAGCCGUCGGGAAUCGAUUGCUGAAAGCGUCAAGGCAGAUAGUGCCACGGACGGAAAGUCUCCUCUGGCCUCAAAAGAGGUUUCCCGGCCAGAAUCCGUGGUGGCGAGCAUCAAGGAUGAACCCGUUAAAUCCACGGCAGGGUCUCGACGCGAGUCAACGGCUGACAGUGUUAAGGCGGAGAGUGCCAAGGACGAAAGGUCACCUCUUCCCUCGAAGGAUGUCUCCCGACCAGAAUCAGUAGCUGAAAGCGAUAAGGACGACACUGAAAAGCCGGAAUCGGUUGUGGAAAGUAUUAAGCCAGAUAAGAUUGAAAGUGAGAGGGGUGCAGAUGAUAAAGUUGAAUCCGUGGAAAGUACAAAGCCAGAAAGCCUUAAAGACGAGAAAUCUCCAAUUCCCUCGAAGGAGGUCUCCAGACCACAAUCUGUGGUGGAAAGUGUGAAGGACGAAACUGAAAAGUCAGAAAGCCGUCGUGAGUCGGUAGCUGAAAGCUUAAAGCCAGAUAGUGCCAGGGAAUCCAAAGAACCUUCCCGGCCUGAAUCAAAGGUAGAAAGCGUUAAAGACGAAUCUGAGAAGUCAAAGGGUCCAUCCCGGCGAGAAUCUGAGGCAGAAAUCUCCGCUGGCAUCAAAGAAGCAUCUCCGCCAGAAUCCGUCGUAGAGAGUGUGAAGGACGAAAUGUCGAAGCAACCGUCUCGGCGUGAGUCAGGGACAGAAAGCGUUAAGGAUGAAGCUAUCCAGUCGAAGGAGGCCUCUCGACCCGAAUCUGUUGCUGAAAGCGCCAAGGAAGAAAAAUCUGCAUCUGUGUCCAAGGAAGCUUCCAGACCAACAUCUGUUGCGGAAAGUGUCAAAGAUGAGGCUGAAAAAUCCAAGGAACCAUCUCGACCCGAAUCUGUGGCAGAAAGCGCCAAGGAAGAAAAAUCUGCAUCUCCCUCCAAGGAAACUUCCAGACCUGCAUCUGCUGCCGAAAGUGUCAAAGAUGAGGCUGAAAAGUCCAAAGAACCAUCUCGGCCAGAGUCGGUAGCAGAAAGCGUAAAGGAGGAAACAGCCCAGUCAAAGGAGGCCUCUCGACCCGAAUCUGUUGCAGAAAUCGCCAAGGAAGAAAGUACAAAAGACGAAACAUCUGCAUUAGUCUCCAAAGAAGUCUCCAGACCAACAUCUGUAGCCGAAAGUGUCAAAGAUGAGGCUGACAAGUCCAAGGAACCAUCUCGACCAGAGUCGGUGGCAGAAAGUGCUACAGUGGAAAGUGGCAAGGAUGAAAAAUCUGCACCUACCUCCAAGGAAGCUUCCAGACCUGCAUCGGUUGCCGAAAGUGUCAGAGAUGACAAGUCCAAGGAACCUUCUCGUCCAGAGUCGGUAGCAGAAAGCGUUAAGGAGGAAGCAGCCCAGUCGAAGGAGGCCUCUCGAACCGAAUCUGUAGCAGAAAGCGCAAAAGAAGAAAAAUCUCCAUCUGCCUCCAAGGAAGCUUCCAGACCUGCAUCUGCUGCCGAAAGUGUCAAAGAUGAGGCUGAAAAGUCCAAAGAAGCCUCUCGGCGGGAGUCCGUGGUUGAAAGCGUCAAGGCGGAAAGCUCCAAGGACGACAAAUCUCCCUCGGCCUCCAAGGAAGCAUCAAGACCAGAGUCCGCCGUAGAAAGUGUAAAGGACGAAGCUGAAAAGUCCAAAGAACCAUCUCGGCGGGAGUCCGUGGUUGAAAGCGUCAAGGCGGAAAGCAUCGUAGACGACAAAUCUCCUGUGGCAUCCAAGGAACCAUCUCGGCCAGAGUCGGUAGCAGAAAGCGUAAAGGAGGAAACAGUUCAGUCAAAGGAGGCCUCUCGACCCGAAUCUGUGGCCAAGGAAGAAAAAUCUGCAUCUGUGUCCAAGGAAGCUUCCAGACCAACAUCUGUUGCGGAAAGUGUCAAAGAUGAGGCUGAAAAAUCCAAGGAACCAUCUCGACCCGAAUCUGUGGCAGAAAGCGCCAAGGAAGAAAAAUCUCCAUCUGCCUCCAAAGAAGUCUCCAGACCAACAUCUGUUGCAGAAAGUGUCAAAGAUGAGGCUGAAAAGUCCAAGGAACCAUCUCGGCCAGAGUCGGUAGCAGCUGGUGCUACAGCGGAAAGUGGCAAGGAUGAGAAAUCACCUCUGGCCUCAAAGGAAACUUCCAGACCAGCAUCAGUUAUUGAAUCUGUUAAAGACGAAUCUGAGAAGUCCAAGGAAGCAUCUCGGCGGGAGUCCGUGGUUGAAAGCGUCAAGGCGGAAAGCUCCAAGGAUGACAAAUCUCCUUUGGCAUCCAAGGAAGCAUCAAGACCAGGGUCCGCUGUAGAAAGUGUAAAGGAUGAAGCUGAGAAGUCCAAGGAAGCAUCUCGGCGGGAGUCCGUGGUUGAAAGCGUUAAGGCGGAAAGCUCCAAGGACGACAAAUCUCCUUUGGCAUCCAAGGAAGCAUCAAGACCAGAGUCCGCUGUAGAAAGUGUAAAGGAUGAAGCUGAGAAGUCCAAGGAAGCAUCUCGGCGGGAGUCCGUGGUUGAAAGCGUCAAGGCGGAAAGCACCGUAGACGACAAAUCUCCUUUGGCAUCCAAGGAAGCAUCAAGACCUGAGUCCGCUGUAGAAAGUGUAAAGGACGAAGCUGAAAAGCCAGAUAGCCGACGCGAAUCUGUGGCAGAGGGUUUCAAACCGGAAAGCGUUAAGGAAGAGAAGUCUGAGGCAUCUUCCAAGGAAGCUUCCCGACCAGAAUCCGUUGGGGAGAGUGUUAAAGACGAACCUGACAAAUUAAAAGAAUCGUCCCGGCGGGAAUCAGUCGCAGAAAACCUAAAAGAUGACAAGCUAGCACUUGCUUCUAAGGAAGCUUCCCGGCCAGAAUCUUCAACUGGAAGUGUGAAGGAUGAAGCAGAAAAGUCCAAGGAGGUAUCGCGAAAAGAAUCCAUCGCUGAAAGCGUGAAGGCGGACAAGACAAGCAUUAAGGACGUCCAGUCUAAGGAACCUUCCCGCCGCGAGUCAGUUGUUAUUUCGAAGGAGUCCUCGCCCAGGCCAGUUUCGGUUGCCAGUGACCAUGAUGCUAACAUCGCCGUUGAGGUCGAGCCAAAGUCUUCCGUCUCCCCCAAAGAAGCAUCCCGCCCAGGGUCAGCUGCCGAAACGGCCUCCUCCCCAAUCGAUGAAGCGGUCAUGGAGUUCUCGGAGGUCGAAGUGGUAAAGAGGGCUAGUCUUGCACUUAGCUUGGCCCCAGAAGGAAAGCUGCCGACGGACUCGAGUCCUGUUGACGUGGCCGAGGGUGACUUCUCCCACGUCGUUGUUUCUGCCUCCUCUGUCGCAGAAACACUUGCCCAGCCAGCUGAGCUUUCGAAGGUUGGUGCUGCCGUAACGGUCUCGUCCCCUGUAGACGAAGCACCAAAAACUCCAUCACCUUUGGAGCCAAUAUCCCGACCAGAUUCUCCUGAUGAAUGCGCCGGUGCUAAGGAUGAGGGAUCGUCGCAUGCUUCGAAGGAACCCUCGAGGGCUGGUUCGGCUGCAGAAGGUCACGUGGAUGAUGUUAAAGAAUCCGUAAGCCCAAAGGAUGUUAAAUCAGCGGAGGCAUCUCGUCCCGGCUCUUCAGCGGAGCAAAAGGAGGCUAAAUCUCCAGCACCAGAAACAGCAUCAUCGCCCAUCGAGGAGGCAUCCAAGGACUGCGCUGAAUUCGAGCAGGCCGAGAAAGGAAUUCCGCCUUUGACUAUUGACCCUAAAGGUAAUCUUCCCACUUUAUCGAGUCCUGUGGAUGUGGCACAUGGUGACUUCCCCCAGACGGCAACACCCACAAGUUCCCCAACUUCAGCCGCAGCCCAACCGGCUGAACUGUCGAAAGUCGGCACUGAAAAGACAGCAUCGAGUCCGGUGGAUGAGGCUCCGAAGUCCAUAGUCCAAUCACCGGUUGAAGCCCGUCCUGAUUCUCCGGCUGAGAGCGCCAAGGACGAAGCCGAGAAACCUGGGUCCAUCAUCGCCUCUCAGGAAGGCUCUCGUCGUGAGUCCAUAGCAGAAACUGCAAAGGCUGACGAAAAAUCCAAGGAGCCAUCUCGACGUGAAUCACUUGCCGAGAGUGGGCAACCUGAAAGUUCAAAGGAGGAAAAAUCCCUACAGGCAUCUAAGGAAUCGUCCCGACCAGAAUCAAAAGUAGAGAGCAUAAAGGACGAAUCGGAAAAAUCUAAGGAAGCAUCACGUCCACCAUCUGUGGCAGAAAGCCUCAAGGUUGAGAGCACUAAAGAUGACAAAUCCCCAAUUGCAUCGAAAGAGGUUUCUCGUCCAGGAUCGGUGGCAGAAAGUCUUAAAGACGAAGGAGAAAAAUCCAAGGAAGCCAGCCGACCAGCCUCUGUUGUGGAGAGUGUCAAAGACGAGAGCGACAAACCAGAUAGCCGCCGCGAAUCGAUCGCAGAGAGCCUUAAAGCAAGUAGUUUGAAGGACGAAAAGUCCCCGAUCCUAUCGAAAGACGUCCCAAAGCCAGAAUCCUUUGUGGAAAGCAUUGAGGAUAAGAGUGAGAAAACCGAAAGCCGUCGGGAAUCCGUUGAAAGUACGAAGGUCGAAAAGUCUCCAAUAGCUUCUAAGGAUGCCUCCCGACCAGCAUCAGUGGUUGAGAGUAUCAAGGACGAAGCUGAGAAGCAAGAAAGCCGUCGAGAGUCGGUUGCCGUGAGCGUUAAGGAAGAAAGCACCAAAGACGAUAAGUCGCCAUUGGCUUCAAAGGAAGUGUCUCGGGCGGAAUCUGUAGUAGGAAGCGUACAAGAUGAGGCGGAGAAAUCUAAGGAUGCUUCCCGUCGUGAGUCCCUUACAGGAAGCACGAAGGCGGAGAGCUCAAAGGACGACAAGUCCCCGCUGGCUUCAAAGGAACCCUCCCGACCUGCAUCCACCGUACAAAGCACUAAAGAUGACGCUGAGAAGGAUGAAAGUCGUCGGGACUCCGAUAAGUCUCCUCUUGCGUCGAAGGAAGUUUCUCGUCCGGCAUCUGUGUUGGAAAGUGUUAAGGAUGAGACUGAAAAGCCAGAGAGUCGUCGCGAAUCCAUCGCUGAAUCUGUGGCAAAAAGCGACAAGGAAGAAAAAUCUGCAUCGGCCUCCAAGGAAGGUUCCAGACCUGCAUCUGUUGCCGAGAGUGUCAAAGUUGAGGCUGAAAAGUCUAAGGAACCAUCUCGGCCAGAGUCGGUGGCAGAAAGUGCUACAGCGGAAAGUGGCAAGGAUGAAAAAUCUGCACCUGCCUCCAAGGAAGCAUCUCGGCCAGAGUCGGUAGCAGAAAGCGUUAAGGAGGAAGCAGCCCAGUCGAAGGAGGCCUCUCGACCCGAAUCUGUAGCAGAAAGCGCCAAAGAAGAUACAUCUGCCUCCAAGGAAGCUUCCAGACCUGCAUCUGCUGCCGAGAGUGUCAAAGAUGAGAAAUCCAAGGAACCAUCUCGGCCAGAGUCGGUAGCAGAAAGCGUAAAGGAGGAAACAGCCCAGUCAAAGGAGGUAUCUCGAGCCGAAAGCCCCAAGGAAGAAAAAUCUGCAUCUGCCUCCAAGGAAGCUUCCAGACCUGCAUCUGUUGCAGGGAGCGUCAAAGAUGAUGCUGAAAAGUCCAAGGAACCAUCUCGGGCAGAGUCAGUGGCCGAAAGCGUAAAGGAGGAAGCAGCCCAGUCAAAGGUUGUCUCCCGAGCCGAAUCUGUGGCAGAAAGCGCCAAGGAAGAAAAGUCUGCAUCGGCCUCCAAGGAACCUUCCAGACCUGCAUCUGCUGCCGAAAGUGUCAAAGAUGAGGCUGAAAAGUCCAAGGAACCAUCUCGGCCAGAGUCGGUAACAGCUGGUGCUACAGCGGAAAGUGGCAAGGAUGAAAAAUCACCUCUGGCCUCGAAGGAAGCUUCCAGACCAGCAUCAGUUGUUGAAUCUGUUAAGGACGAAGCUGAGAAGUCCAAGGAAGCAUCUCGGCGGGAGUCCGUGGUUGAAAGCGUCAAGGCGGAAAGCUCCAAGGACGACAAAUCUCCUUUGGCAUCCAAGGAAGCAUCAAGACCAGAGUCCGCUGUAGAAAGUGUAAAGGACGAAGCUGAAAGGCCAGAAAGUCGUCGCGAGUCUCUGGCAGAAAGUGCUAGACCCGACACUUCCCGACCGCAGUCGGUGACCGAAGAAAUAGCCGUGACUGAGAGUAAAAAGGGUGAAUCGCCUCCAGCCGCGUCCAGGGAAACGUCCCGCCCCACUUCAGUGGCUGAGGACGCGGGCAUCGAAAAGUCAUUGGAGGCAUCCGGUCGCUUGUCCGUGGCCGAGAGCGUGAAGACAGACAGUGGCAAGGACGAGAAGUCGCCACUGCCUUCGCGGCCCGAAUCGGUGGGAGACAAGUCGCCGGCUGCCUCGAAGGAGGCAUCCCGUCCUGCGUCGGUGGCCGAGACCGCCUCCUCCCCCAUCGAGGAAGGCCCACGCUCAGUCGCCGACCUAAGUCUACCCCUGAGUCAGAUAGAAUCCGAAGCCAAGGGCACGCUUCCAACUCUCUCGAGUCCCGUCGAUGUGGCAGAAGGAGACUUUUCGGCACCGCACGUUGAGUCCACAUCGCAGCCAGCUGCACCCUCCAAGCCCGCAGAACAGUCCAAGACGGACACGGGCCACACAGCCUCCAGCCCCGUGGACGAGGCUCUUCCUAUUCUGGAGUCGGAGGCCAGCGAAGCAGUCAAAGAGCAUAUCAGCCCUGCGGCCGGAGCAGCGGAUGCGGUACCCGAAGCAGAUCUGCUGGGCUUCGAGGAUACCAAAUCGGAGACCGUAACCAAGCAGUCGGAUGCAUCGCUUUUCGAGUCGAUUUCCACCAAGGUUGAGCAGAAAGUGGAGAGCAUCAAGAGCUCAGCCGAGCAGGUGGAGGAGAAGGUGGCCAGCUUGGCGAAGCAGGUGGAAAGCUCUGUGGCCGAGACCCUCGAGCAGGUGAGCAAGCAGAGCAGCGAGCAGCUGACGGAGAUCAAAUCUGUGCUGGACACCAAGAUCAGCAGCGUGACCGAAAUAUCCCGCACAGCCGUAGAGACGGUCGAGAAGAAGGUGCAGCAGGUGACCGAUGAUGUGAGCGAGAAGGCAACGGCGCUGGUCACCGAGCAGCUGGUCACCAAAGCCAGUGAGAGUUCCGCGGAGAGUGGCCAGGACAAGAGCAGUCUGGAUCUGGGCGCGUUCUCGGAGCUGCGGGAAACGCACAUCACCACCGUGGGCUCGCCCGAGUUCACGGUCACAAUCUGCGAGCGCGACGAGCCCGUGCUGCACGACAUCAAGGAGGAGGACGAGGAGCACCGCUUCUCGCCGCCCAGCAUUGGCGACAAGACGGGCAUCCUGGCUCCCCAGCUCAUGCGACCGCUUUCGCCGCGCGAGGAAGAGGUGGCGAAGAUCGUGUCGGACGUGGCCAAGGUUCUCAAGUCGGACAAGGACAUCACCGACAUCAUUCCCGACUUCGACGAACGCCAGCUGGAGGAGAAGCUCAAGUCCACCGCCGACACGGAGGAGGAGUCCGACAAGAGUGCCAGGGACGAGAAAUCCCUGGAAAUCAGCGUCAAAGUGGAAAUCGAGUCCGAGAAGUCGUCGCCUGACCUGAAGUCCGGCCCCAUCUCGAUCGAGGAGAAGGACAAGGUCGAGCAGUCCGAGAAGGCGCAGUUGCGUCAGGGAGCAGCUGCUGUCAGUCGCCCGGAGUCGGUUGCCAGUCAGCCGGAUCCCGAACCGAAGGAAGAGGAACCACAGCCAGCGCAGGCCAAAGAGCAGACAUCUCCCGGAGGAGCAGCCAGCAAGGAAGGGUCCAGGCGCGAGUCCGUGCUUUCCGAGAGCCACGGUGGCAAGGACGAGAAGGCGUCGCGACCCGAGUCGGUUGCAAGCCAGGCCAGCGACAGGGAGGCCAAAACCUCUCGCCCAGCAUCCAGCACAAGCCAGUUCAGUGCCAAGGAUGUCGACGAGGAGACUACCGAGUCGCUGCUCCACUCGUCCACCACCACAGAGACCGUCGAGAGCAAGAGCAAGGUGGAGGAGAAGUUGGAGGAGAAGUCGAGCGUGGAGUCGCUCGUGUCCAGCUCGGUCACAAAGUCCACAGUCCUCUCCAGCCAGUCGGUGCAGCUGCGCGAGGAGUCCACCAGCGACUCGCUGAGCAGCAGCCUCAAGGUGGAGGACAGCUCCCGACGCGAGUCGCUCUCCAGCCUGCUGGCCGAGAAGGGAAGCAUCAGCACCGGCGUCAAGGAGGACUCCAGCUCGUCCGCCUCCCACUUGGAGGAACUGCUAGUGCAGUCUGAGGAGUGCUCGUCGGAGUCCAUUGUCAGCGAGAUUCAGACCAGCACCGCUCAGAAGUCGGUGGUCAAGUCGGAAACCAAGGAAACCAAGGAAACCAAAGAAACCAAGGAAACCAAAGAAAGCAAGGAAACCAGAGAAACCAAGGAGACCAGCAGCAGCUUUAGCAGCAGCAGCGGUUUCACCAAGGACGACAACAUCAAAGAGACAGUGGCCGAGUUCUUGGCCACCGAGAAGAUCGUCUCCGCCAAGGAAACCUUUAGCGCCGACGCCGCCAAGACGGCGGAAGAGUGCCUGAAGAAGGCCAGCACCGCCAGCGCCGCCAGCACCACCGCCUCCCAGCGGACACUCUUCGUGGGCACCGACGAAUCGCGGCGGGAGUCGCUGCUGAGCCAGGCCAGCGAGGGUCGGCUGACCCACAGCGAUCAGGAGGACGAGGAGCACGACGAGGAGGACGACGAGCGCGCCAGUGUGAAGGAGGGCCGCUCCAAGUCCAUUGCCACCAUCAUGAUGACCAGCAUCUACAAGCCAUCCGAGGAAGUAGAGUCGAUUGACCCGCUCGCCGAGGAGGAGCCCGAGCAAGUGGAGCAGGGUCGGGAGGCCACUACCACCACCACCAGCACUUCCGCCUCCUCUACCACCACCACCACUAGCAAGACCACGACUUUGCUGCAGUCCAGCGACCAGAGCAGCCACACAACCACCAGCAGCAGCUCCAAGUCCUCUGCCUCCAAGGUUGAGUCCAUCACGCUCACCCAGAUCGAUCUGCAGUCCGGACAGGAUCAGGAUCAGGAUCAGGCGCAGUUCCAGGCCGAGCCCGCCGACCGCAAGACACCGCCGACGGCACCAGUCAGUCCCAGCGUGAAGCCGAUGAGCGCGACGGGAUCGGCUGGCUCUGUGAUUGGAUCUGGAUCUGGAUCUGGGGCUGCAGCCGGCGGCGCCGGCGCUGCAGGCGGAAAGUGCGAGUCGAGCGCCGCCAGCAUUGUCUCCUCGUCGGGCCCACUAUCGCCCAAGGACAUAAGCGGCAAGUCGAGUCCCGGCGCUCUCACCUCGGAGAGCCAGUCCAUUCCCACGCCGUUGGGUCGGGAGUCGCACACGGAGACCCCGGAGUCCUCGCCCAAGCCGACGUCUCCGUUCCCGCGCGUCAGCAAGGAUGAGCUCAAGUCACUGGAAAUUCAGCACCACGAACAGGAGCAGAUUCUGGCUGGAGCAGCAGCAGUUGCCGCAGCCGGGGCCGCAGCUGCGGCCGAGUCUGAGGCUGAGGCUGAGGCUGAUCUUCCCGAGCUGCACGAGCUGCGCGGACUGGAGAGCAGCACCGCCCUCAGCGGCAGCACAGAGAAGAUAAUCACCACCACAAUCACCACGGUGACCAAGGUGAUCUCCGCGGACGGCAAGGAGAUAGUGACCGAGCAGAAGACGGUGACCACCACGGACAGCUCGGAGCCGGACAGCGAGAAGGUGGUGGUGACCACCACACGCACCACCAGCGAGAGCGAGCGCGACCAGCUGCUGCCCAAGGAGGUCGCCCUGCUGCGCGGCAUGUACCGCGCCAGCACCCCGGGCAGCGAGGACGACGACGACCUGCUGCUUGGGUCGCCGCGCAGCGCCACCAGCUACGAGCUGCAGCACUCCAGCUCCGGGAUGAGCAAGCGCUCCGACCUCGACGCCGACGGCGACGAGAGCCAGGACGACAUUCCGCCGCAGUACGGCAGCGAGGAGCACUCGACGGCCCGCUCGAUCCUUCUGCCGCGCACAGCCGACCCGAUGGCCACCUCCUUUUACGGCGCCCUGCCCGAUAGCUUCGAGGCCACUGCCGCCGCCGCCGCGCUAAAGCCGCCCAGCCAAACGGAGCCCAUCCCGAUCCAGGGCGCCCCGUCCGCUCAGGGCGACAGCCAGUCGUCGGAGAGCGUGGAGAGCAGCAGCCAGACCUGGGCCGGGCACAAGUUCCUAGACCAGGCGGACAAGGACUUCCAGCGAGCGCUCGAGGAGCACGUGCAGGCGCGCGGCGCCGAGGUCAUGUCUUCCGUCACCGCCAAGUACUCGUACUCGCCCUCCAAGGCCGAGGAGAUGGAGCAGAUCGUGAGCAGCACUGCGGAGCGACAGCGCUUCCCGCUGAGCGAUGUCCAGCGGUCGCGUGUGACGGAGAGUGGCUUCGCCACCGUGGGCAGCGUCGCCACCGCCGAGGAGCAUAAGCAUGACAAGCCAGAUAAACCGGAGGAAGCUGCCGCCGUCACCACCACCACCGCUGGGGCAGCGGCGAGUGGCACAACCACAACCACAACCGCAACCACAACGAGUUCCACUGGAGGAGCUCUGCCCAAGGACCGGCUGGAGGAGUGGGGCAAGCCACUCGGCCUGCCGUCGCCAGCUCCACUGCCGGUGGAGGGCGGCGCUGACAUCCGCACCACGCCCAAGAAGGAGCGCCGCUUGGUGGCCACCAAGACGCGACUGAACAACGAAAAGAACCUGCGCAAGCGCAGCGAGUCGCCCAACAAGGCGGCCAAGAAGCCGGCGCCCGUCUACGUGGACCUGACGUACGUGCCGCACAAUGGCAACUCCUACUACGCCCACGUGGAGUUCUUCAAGCGGGUGCGAGCCCGCUACUACGUCUUCUCCGGCACGGAGCCCAGUCGGCAGGUGUACGAUGCGCUGCUGGAGGCCAAACAGACAUGGGAGGACAAGGAGUUGGAGGUGACCAUCAUACCCACGUACGACACCGACGUGCUGGGCUAUUGGGUUGCCGAAAACGAGGAGCUUCUAGCCAAGCACCGCAUCGACCUCUCGCCCUCCGCCUCCCGCUGCACCAUCAACCUGCAGGACCACGAAACCUCGUGCUCCGCCUACCGUUUGGAGUUCUAGGCCACGGGCUUGUUUGUUGCAUUCGACGAUGACUAAGCCAACCCAGAACGCACCCAACCGGAGAAGCAGGAGGAGCAGGAGAAGCAGGCGAGGAGAGCACUGUCAGGGGAUCGAGUCCAUGUGUGGCUUACAAAGUUGGCUUGGACUUGGACUCUGGCAGGACGACCACCAGGACUUAGACUAAAAGCAAAACCAAACAACAGAAAGAUCUCAGCAACAGCAACCGAAGAACAGGAGGAGGACAAAAAAAAGGACGAGGACUAGAAUGAGUUAAAUGCAAUAUGGCGAGUUUCGUGCGCAGGAGCCGCAGGAAACGGAAAUGAGGGCGGGCGAAGGCUGAUAUGGCGGAGUACGGGUCACGUGAAUGACGCCAUUUUGUUUGCCAAUGCUGUCUAUUGAGCUUUCGCCGACUUAUUUCUGCCAACCCAAAGCUAAGUAAUUAAUUGAUAUUAGUUAAACGAGAUUAAUUACCAAAAACACAGUGCAGUGCAACCGAUCUAACGGAUACUCAAAGGAUUAGUCAAGUAAAAGAAUUAUAUUUGUUGCUUUCAUUGGAUAACGUACAGCAGCUACCUUGCCUAGUAAUCCAAAGAUUUAAAUAGUUUUCAAAACCGCAUAGCUAAAAUAUACAAGGAAAAACAAAAACAAAAACGAAAACGAAAAGACAUUAAGAGAGCGUAGAAAAAAUAGAAGCAUACGAGUACGAAAAAAAGAAAAGACACACACACACACACACUAUAUAUAUAAAGAAAUUAAUACUCAUGUUUACGUAUUAGGCAAAACAUUUGCGAGCCUUCUUCGCAUGGACUCCCCAUGCCAGAGGUAUUCGGAUAUUAAGGCGAGCAUUAACCAACUGCAAAUGCAUAACCCGCGAAGUCAGGGCGCUUAGAAUAGUAAGCGAUCAUAAUACAACGCGCCCUUUGAACUAAACUUAAUCAAACGUUGAAGACUAGCGCGCGAUUAAAACUUUGAUUUACCGCGAUUAACCCAAUAUCCGAGAUUCGGAUCCGUUAAACUUAAAAAUGUGCCUCCUCCGAGAUGUUUUCAAAUUGCAUCGUUUUCGUAGCCAUCCUCACAGAUUUUAUUCGUUUUGUUAGACUGCGAUUGGUUUUCUUUUUGUUCCCGCAGGCAGCCGCCGAAAGGCUUAUAACCCCAGAAGGUAUAGCAACCGAUAUACGUACACUUCCACUUCCGCAUAGGGAGCCACAUAUGAACAAGACGAGGGAACUAAAACUGAUCAAAAAAAUAACACUGAACCUGAGAACAGAAUAGGCGAUUUGGGCAGAGGAAAUAAGAAACAGGACGUUGUUGCUGGCGAAUCGAUAAGGAUUAGAAAGGCAGGAGUAGAAAUGAUGAUGUUACUAUAUAAGGAUUCCAAGGGUCUGAAGGGGUUAGCAUGGUAUAUGGGGCGACAGUGAUGGGACAGGGAUGGGACUAGCACUGCUUGUGAUGGGGUUGGGUGGGUUUUGGGUUGGGUUGGGUCAAGUCGGAAUGGAAACGAAGUGGAGUGGUUAGAGACAGAGUGGAACAGCUAUUGUGAGAAAACAAAAAAUAACAAGGAUGAGCAGAGAGUCAUAACUAAGUACGAUAAAAUAUGAAGUACACAAAGUGAACGAAGGUUAUUUUUCUAUAUUUUUUUUACUUUUUCAUAGUCAUAGAAUAACAAAUUUGCAAACAAACAAGUUAAAUAUGCAGCCGGAGCAGCAGGAUGAAGAUGAGCAGGCGGGCAGGCAGGCAGGCACACAGGCAAUUUUAAUCAACGUAACCAGUAACGUAACCUGUAACGUAACCAGUAACGUAACCAAAACGGAACAAGCAAUUUGAGGCAAAACCGCAAAACAGCAAAACAGUCCAAAAGAGCCAGUUACAAUUAUAAAUUAUAGACUCGAGUGGUCGGUCGGUCGAGACAGACUUUUUAGGCUACGCGUAUAUUUUUGAGUUGCUUUUUAUAUACAAAAACAAAACAACAACAGAUCCGGGAGGAGCUGCAGCAGGCGACUGGCAGCUUGUCACGUGUUGCUUGCCUCAUGCAACAUGCAACAUGCAACAUGCAAUGCGCAACAGCAGACAGCAGACAACAGACAACAGUCAACUGGCAACCGUCCAGUCUACAACCGUUUGAUAGCAACCAGCGAAAUUUAAGCAAAAUUAUACACACGUAGGGCUAAGAGGGGCGGGGAUCUGAUUUAGGGGGGCGUGGUCCAUCGGCGGGACUCUCAAGCCCUUACGGUCCGGUCCGAAUGCAAUCUUCAUUGAAGUUCCCCGUCCGACAAGCACAUCCGAUUGGGUAUUUAAACACCAGUCGAGCGUCUUUCGAUUAUUGAGUAGCAGCAUUGCAGUCUCCGCUUCGAAGAUUUUAAAUUUAUAACCGAACAAAAACAAAAACCGAAAACCGAAAACAAAGAGAUAAAGUUUAUUAAAUAUUCAUAAUUUUCGAAAUUCGUGCGCUAAGCGAAACAAAACAUGAACUAAACCUAUGAAGGUAAAGAUAAAGAAUACUCACACAUGAACUAUAUACAAUAUACGUAUAUAUACUUAUAUAUAUAUAUAUACCUAAAUAUAUAUAUUUAUAUAUAUGUACUUGAGCGUAUUGAUGUUGCUUAAAUCGAAAAACUAAAAAAAAAAGAACUCUUCUCCCAGCCAGAAGACAUUUUUUGCCUUUCACGAAACGAAUUUCUCCGUACGAUACGAAGAUAUAAAAACUUGUUAACUUUUUCCCAGUUUGUUUGCCAGUUAAGUUUCGUUCGGAAUCAGAUCAAUCAGAUCACACACUUUACACACACACCACACACCACACACCACACGCCACACGCACAUGUAUCCAUUGCCUUAUAUCCAGAGAACAAACAGAUAUCUGCAUCAUACCUUAUAUUAGGAUAAGAAUCAAAUACGAUAUGUACGACCUAUGAGAGUUUGUUUGUUGAAUUUGCUUUCACUUUUUAGCAGCUUCGAUUUAAAUCAAAUAUACAUACUAAAUGCACACGCCCCCGCACACACACACAAACACACUCUUUGAUUGAUUGGUCGUGUGUGUAUGAUGUGUGUGGGCCCGUGUGUGCUCUAUAUAAUCAUUAGUACAGCAAGUGCAUGCAGAAAGUAAAGUUGUUACAAACAAAAGCCGAGCCGAAGUAUCGCUAACUGGCUAACUGAGUAGGUAGCUACUUGGCUAAUUGGCCAAUAGAGGAGAGAGUACAUAAUCGGAAGAAGAAGAAGCCGGGCAAGACGGGGAAAGAGCGAGCCAGCACAAAAACGAUCCGAUAAUAUGGGCAGAGGUUAGCGCGAAGAAAUAUAUAUGUAUUACAUUUUAUGAAACGUCAAGCUUAUCUCAAGAACUAUUUCCAAAACAAAAUCUGAAAUUAUAAUAAACGUAUUUAUGUGAA